AAACUCAGGUUCCAGGAGUCCCGAGUUCUCUUCAUGUUCGUCCGCUUGUGAACCGAAUCGUGGUGAGUUGGACUCCUCCAGAAAACCAGGACGUUUUAGUCCGAGGUUAUAAAAUCGGAUACGGAAUCGGCAGCCCUCAUGCCCACACGGUCACUCUGGAUUACAAGCAGCGCUUCUACAGCAUCGAUAACCUCGAUCCCAGUUCCCAUUACGUCAUCACCCUCAAGGCUUUCAACAACAUGGGCGAAGGCAUUCCCAUCUACAACAGCGCCACCACGAGACCUCAAUCCGUUCCCAGCUCUGCUCCAAAAGAUGUGACGGUGAUCAGUAAAGAGGGAAAUCCACGAAUCAUCAACAUCAACUGGCAGCCUCCGACUGAAGCCAACGGCAAAAUCACAGGGUACAUCAUCUACUACAGCACCGAUGUGAACGCUGAGGUCCAUGAUUGGGUGGUGGAGCCCGUGGUGGGAAACCGACUGACCCAUCAGAUUCAGGGGCUGACGCUGGACACCGCAUACUACUGCAAGAUCCAGGCGAGAAACUCCAAAGGCAUGGGACCCAUGUCAGAGGCGGCGCAGUUCCACACCCCCAAAGCGGAACCAUCAGACAAAAUGUCCAGUGAUCAAGGGCUGCAAGUCAAACCCGGUCACCCGACCCUACCUGAGCACGGGAUUGGCUCAAACAUGGAUAAACCAGGCAUCACCGGCAGCCAGGAGAACCGUGUUCUGGUGAUCGUGGUGAUUGUGUCUGUUGGCGUGUUCACUAUCAUCGCUGUGGUUGUGGGGGCCGUCCUGUGCACGCGCCGGUCCAACUCCCACCGCAAGAAGAAGCGUGCGGCCUGUAAGUCCAGCACCAGCUCCCACAAGUACAAGAGUUCAUCUAAAGACCUGAAACCUCCUGAUCUGUGGAUCCAUCACGAGCGUCUGGAGCUCAAACCCAUGGACAAAUCACCCGAGCCCAACCCGGUCAUGACAGAGACGCCCAUCCCGCGGACCACCCAGGACCCCGCCGCUGAGCCCAGCCAUCAGAGACGGGGUCACGAGGUGGAGGAGAGCGUGUCCACUUUGGCCGGUCGGAGGGGAGUGAGACCCAAAAUGAUGAUGCCGCUCGACUCUCAGCCUCCCCAGCCUGUGAUUAGCGCUCACCCCAUCCAUUCCCUCGAUCAUCUUCAUCACCAUCAUCAUCAUCUUCAUCACCUCCCGCCGCGUGGCUACCUUCAUCACCAGAUCAGCCUGAGAGCGCCUGCCACCCCGAGCGCAUUCUCAGACAGGCCUCCGUCUGCAGCGUCUGUGAGGAAUCAGGCCCCUGCACCUGAACCUCUGGUUGUCCCGAGUCAGCCCUGCACUACAGCUGAGCUACAGAAGACAGAGGCGCUGAUCAAAGAAGAAGAGCCGCCGAGCAUAAACCCACCGACGGCCCACGUUCGGCCCACACACCCACUCAAGAGCUUCGCCGUGCCAACCGUCACUGUUUCCGCCCAUAACCCACCCACCUAUGAGACCGCAUUACCCAGCACCCCUCUGCUGGCACAGCCAGUGCCCGGCGUGAAGACAGCGUCUAUCGGGACGUUAAAUCGAGCUCGAGCUCUGAUGGCAGUAACAGUCCCCAGUGCCCCUGACCAAUCAGAAACCAGCACGAUGCUGGACACGACGUAUGAGACAGAUGAACUCUCAGAGGAAAUGGCCCACCUGGAGGGUCUGAUGAAGGACCUGAACGCCAUCACCACAGACUGAACCACUGCAAUCACUCACGGCUGAACCGCGUCCUCAGGAACAACCGGGACAUUUGAAUGAACGCUGAUCUCAGAUCAGCCUUGAGAAUGACUGAAAACAGAUCACCGCUUCAUCUUCUCCAUCCUGCAUGGCAGAGAAUCUGUAAAACGAUGAAAACUCAAUGCCAUUUUCUCAACUCGCACAGAAUUUUUUUUUUAAUGUUUUUUUUUGGAGGGUUGUAUUUACGUAUUCUAUAUUUUUAGCCUGUAUAUGUAUGUUUUCAUUGUGUGCAAGGUCAUUUUAGGACUUUUCUUAGGACAAAACCUCACAUGCUCAAACUUUGGGCUUCAUUCAUGAAACGCAAGCAGAAUAAUUUAGUGUAAAUUAUGCAUAAAACCAUUCUUAAGUAAAUUGUCGCAUUCAAAUCAGUGCAAUCAUUUACAUAAUGAACGAAUUAAACCAAAAUUUGUACAUGGAUCAUGAAACCAUUCUCACAUAAAUGUUGCAUUCAGAAAACAUUCUUGCGUAAAUUGUCAAAUAGACAUUUCCUCGGUGUCUAUAACAUCACAACUUUAAUUGUUGAAUUAGAAUUGAAUGUCGCGUUUUACAUUAGAGCAGUUAUUGAACAAUUUACAAAUAAUCUACGAACAAUUAUUUUUGUUUGCUCAUGAAUUCUCAUGAAUGUUUCAUGGAUUAUUUUCAGUGUCUUACAUCAUGUUUAAAUGUUUCAUCUCUGGAGAGAAAUGAAGAUAUCUUGUCCUCAAACGCUGGUAGCAUUAAAAGUCUGAAUAUGCAUUGGAGAUCUCCACAUGGACAUACCGACUUCUUGCAGAUCUCGACCAUCUUAAUUCAGUCUGAAUCGAGUGACGUUGAUGUUUGGUGCUUCAGAAACUCCUCAAACGUGAGACUUUGUGAGAACGGAGAUGUACGUUCCUCUUCCUCAGGACCCUGAAGCCUGUUUUGGGGGCCCUAAAGAUUCAUCAUGAAGGAGUUUAAUGCCAAGUGACUCAGAUUUUUGUACUUUGAGAGAUAUAUAAAUAUAUGACAAACUGCAAAUGUUUGCUUACGUGAAUACUUUGUACACUCUCAAAAAGGAAAGUUUUUAUAUAUAUAUUCAUCUUUCAGUUGGUUUUUAUAUGAAGACGACACAUUGCUUUGUAAACAUUUUCCAUGUAAGUUAUGAACGGUUACAUUUUCUGCGUUGUUUUCACUGUGCUGUUUAGCCAAUCCCUUCUCCCAAAGAAAGAGCGAAAGAAAAUAUCAGCGACAAACUCUGCCUUGCUCGUGUAGUUUUUCACAUCAUGAAUGUCAAUGUGGCUGUAACAAGGUCUGCUUAUGAAUACAGUUGUUGUUUGUGUUUACAAUAACGAGGGAUGAUUAAAAAACAAAGACACCGAACUAUGUUAUAUGGUCGGUGUACCGUCAACUGUCAUUUGCACUUUUUAUAUUUUGGAUUUGAAAUGAAUCGCUGAUGCCAUGUGAAAUAUGAACCUAUUUUAUGUAACAAUGUUGUUCAAGUAAACGACUGGUUUCAAAGAC